AUGGCUCUCGACGGCGCAUACGACAGCCGGAAGCGCAAGAGAACCUCACAUGCAUGUGACUCUUGUCGCCAUCGCAAAGUUCGAUGUGAUGGUCGCCAACCGUGUACAACCUGUUCGUCCACUGGCGAGGAAUGCGCAUACGGCGCCGAGGCCAUUCCAAAGAGCAAAUCUGAUUUGAUUCUGGACGUCGCCUUACGUUCCGAAAACAUACUCCAUGAAAUGUCUGCGAACCCCGUAGACCCCCGAGUAGCGUUGUCUCCGCUGGAAUUCGUCUCUCCGACUACGAUUGAAUCAACCCAUCGACCGGGGAGCCCGCCGGAUCAAAUAUCCAACGCGAUUCUGUCCCAGUUCCACUCCUCCACUACCGAGUCCAUCCUCGCGUGGCCGCACUUCAAGGAUUACCAUGCCUUGCGUCAGAACUAUCGUGGGUCUGUUUUUCAUCUAGAGAGUCUGCGGCCGCCGUUCAAGUAUCGUGCGUCGAGCGUGCUGCCAUAUGUGAGCAAAUCAGAAGUCGACUCUAUUCUGCGGAGCUUUGAACGUAAUGUCAAUUUCUGGUAUCCAACAUUAUCGCGGGAUGUCAGCACAGAAGUAGAGGUGCAAGUUUUAUCGAAUAAUCUAGACGACGGGAUCAGCUCAUGCGUUUCCUUGCUGGUAAUGGCGCUUGGGUGCGCCAGUGAACUGAUCCAAUCCGUCGCUACGGACUCUCCUGAGAACCCAGCGGAGCUGGAACAGCGCCAUCGAUGGCAGCUAAUGGGUAGAUUGCACUUUGAUCUCGCCUUUAAGAAGGUUCAUUUGGCGCAAGCAGAAUGCACCACGGAGGCAGUGCAGUGUCUCUUCUUCACAGCUGUGUUCUUCGCUUUCCUCCAGCGCCCCAUACAGGCUUGGUCCUUUAUUAGUGCUGCCGCCAUAAAGUGCCGACUGCUGCUCUCUUAUACUGCCUCUGAAUCAGCCCCAGAACAGCUAGAAUGUCUUCGACGUAUCUUCUGGUCCUGUUAUAUCCUUGAAAGUGAUUACCUUGCGGAACUCUCUGCUCUACCCCAAACUGGUAUUGCUGGUAUCGAAUCUUCGAUCCCCCUACCUGGGGAAUACCACACUCAUACCUCUGCAAUAGAGGAAGAACAGUCUUCAUUAUAUUUCUUGGCCUGCAUCUCCAUGCGUCGCCUGCUAAACCGAGUUCACGACCUGCUUUACGCUCGAAAUGGCGGCGUCGGUUCUGACAUCCACCAGUUCCCUACGGUUGUAGCAGAAUUAGACCACCAGCUCGAAAGAUGGAAGGACCUGCUUCCUCCCCCAUUUCAAUUCGCAUUGAGUCGCGAACCUGCGCCGUCUCCAGAGGGAGGUUUCCUACGCCAGCGAUACUUGGCCUGCAAAAGUGUCAUCUACCGGCCGUACUUGACAUGGGCUCUAUCGUCGACGACCACCAACGCGGAACCAGUAACGCCAAUGGUUUAUGAAGGGUGUAAGACGUGCAUGGAGGCGUGCUGUCUGCAUGCACAGAACCUGCAAAGUUUUCCCCAGACGGUCAUGGUAGAUACGUGGAUUUGUUCACUGUCAAUGGCUUCCGUGAUGCUCAUAGCCUUAGCGACCUCGCGAGAAAGUGCAUUGCGAAGGUGUCUCCUGCCAGAUGCUGUAGAUAUCGGACCGAAUCUAAGCAAGAACUUGACGCGGUGGAUGCAGAUUCCAGGGCAGGGAGUAUCGCCCAGUGUGCUGCAGAGCGUCAGACUCAUUGACGAUGCCAGUGUAUCUCUUCGAGCGAUGUUGGAUAGGUGGCUUGCCAUACCAUCAGACCUCGUAUACUAA